ACCCAUUAAUAUAUUUGAUAGAUUUCUUUGAUUUCCUUGUCACUUGUCUCCCGGUGAGACUCAUUUUUUCUCCACCACCCGGCUCUACAAUGUCUCAUAAGGACUCGCGCUGUUUCCGAACCCGCAAGGACGGCUUGAUCGCUAAAGCCCACGAAAUCCAGAAACGCGUUCCUGGCACCAAGGUGGCUAUCUUUGCCUUCUACAAAGGCAAAAUGUACAGUUACCAGUCCGAUGAGAAUUGGCCCGUCGACCCCUUCAAAAUUGAGGGCGUUGUCGCUGUGCCGGACGAUCAAAAGCUUCCGGACCACUUCGCCACGAUUUCUGUGGAAAGGACCUCCCGCCACGGCUCCGGAUCGAGUAGAUCCAUGAGCUCGGACGAAGUUUCAGUUCUGACGGGCGGCGGAUCUGCUCCCAUGCCGGUGUAUAAUCCAUCAAAGCCCUUUACACCUGCCUCGAGGAUGGCCACUCCUCCCAUGUCGUCAAUCACCGUAGACGCACUUGAACCUUCCUUGCCACCAGUAGCCACAGCAAGGUCGGCGAUGAACAGAACCUCCGCGGUCGCUUCUUCAAGCUCCCCACUACCUGUAACCGUCAGCCCAUCGAUGACGACCUCCACCUGGGGACCGACCUCCCCCUGGCGACCGAGGACGCCUCUGACGAGAGGCUCUCCUCGACCGUCAGCAACAGCGUCCAAACCGCAAGGUGUGACCAAGGCAUCGUCAACAAGUCGCACGGUCAACAAGUUUCCGAAAUACUUCAAUUAAGAACAGGUGUUUUCAGAGUGUUUUGAUUUACGCUAGAGUUAGGCAUUGAGAAUGAUGUAAACUCCGCUUCGGGUUAGGAUGUACAUUGCUAGACAGUACAGUAUGUAUUCAAUGUCAUCAUUCUGCU